UGCCGAUACACACAUCCUGUUCCUCUGGGGGACCGCCUAGGUCCGGGGAGGGAUUUUUCGGAAGUACCCGGAACUGUUUGCAAGGUUCCGGCAGUCCGGCCGCUGAGAGCUUCUUCAGCUACGGAGCCGCCCGUUACUCCUGCCGUUUCGGACAACGAGCGGCAGUGAUGACUCCGGUGUCUGGUUCGCGCAGGCCGGAGCGGGAGGCCUCGGGCUUCGGGGGGAAACGUCGCAGUUCGUCGAGGAGCCCCAGGCCCAGUAAAGCCGCCCGCUCCCCGCGGGGCCGCCGCUCGCGCUCGCGCUCGCGUUCUUGCUCUCGGUCCGGAGACCGGAAUGGCCUCAGCCAAGGCUCCCGAAACCAGUCCUAUCGCUCCCGCUCGCGGUCACGCUCUCGAGAGCGGCCCUCUGCGCCACGGGGCACCCCCUUCGCUUCUGCCUCCUCGUCCGCCCAUUACGGCGGCUACUCGCGCCCCUACGGGGGCGACAAGCCGUGGCCUAGCCUUCUGGACAAGGAAAGGGAGGAGAGCCUGCGGCGGAAGAGAUUAAGUGAGAGAGAGAGGAUUGGAGAACUGGGAGCUCCUGAAGUAUGGGGACUUUCUCCAAAGAAUCCAGAACCAGACUCUGAUGAACAUACACCAGUAGAGGAUGAAGAGCCAAAGAAAAGUACCACUUCAUCUUCUACCUCAGGAGAAGAAAAGAAGAAGAAGAAGAAAUCCAGUCAUUCAAAAGAAAGGUCCAAGAAAAGGAGAAAGAAAAAAUCAUCUAAAAGAAAACACAAGAAGUCUUCUGACGAUUCUGACGAUAGUGACAGUGACUCUGAUUCUGAAACAGACUCCAGUGAUGAAGAUGCAAAAAGGAGAGCAAAGAAAGCCAAGAAAAAGGAAAAGAAGAAGAAACACAAAUCGAAGAAAUAUAAGAAAAAGGAAUCGAAGAAGAGCAGAAAAGAUUCCAGUGAUUCAAGCUCUAAAGAUUCUCAAGAAGAGUUUCUGGAGUAUCCCUGGAAGGAUCGAUCAAAGCCUGAAGAACCCUCAGAUUUAAUUGGCCCAGAGGCUCCAAAAACACUUGCCUCUCAAGAUGAUAAACUUUUGAACUAUGGCCAUGCCCUGCUACCUGGUGAAGGUGCAGCUAUGGCUGAAUAUGUAAAAGCUGGAAAACGUAUCCCACGAAGAGGUGAAAUUGGCUUGACAAGUGAAGAGAUUGCAUCAUUUGAGCGCUCGGGCUAUGUAAUGAGUGGUAGCAGGCAUCGCCGGAUGGAGGCUGUGCGACUGCGGAAAGAAAACCAGAUCUAUAGUGCUGAUGAGAAGAGAGCCCUGGCAUCCUUUAACCAAGAAGAGAGGCGAAAGAGAGAAAACAAGAUUCUGGCCAGUUUUCGAGAGAUGAUAUACAGAAAAACUAAAGGGAAAGAUGAGAAAUAAGGAUUUUCUAAUCGUUCAGCAGACAUUUUUAACAACAAGAAAGAAAGUGUGGGAUAUACACACACACACACACACACAAAUAUAUACACAAACAGAUUACUGUGAUCUGAAAGCUUUCAGUGCUACUGUGCCUUCUAUUUAAUUCCUUCAGCCCUUCAGUAAGAAGCUGCUCACUGAUAGAACUUUAGCAAGUUCCUUGGGUUAUUUUGGAUUGCCCAUAAUAACUUUCCGGCUUAAAAAUCCAGAUUAUGAAUGAAAUCGUACUGGGGGAGGUGAAAUUGAGAGAAAGUGUCAGUGAGAGAGAAACUUUACUCUCACACCAUGGGACAGUACUACUAUUAGCUCCAUAAGGAUGCCCACCCUCACCCCCACCCCAACUGCACUCAUGGGAAAUUAUUAUUCCUGUACGUUGACUAUGUUAUAAAUGGACUUGUAGAAAUAUACAGGAGGCCACUUUUGUUAACAGAAUGAAGGCAUUGCUGAAAAAAGCAAAUCUGGAAUUUGAAAAUUGACUUGUGUAAUACCAUAUAUAGUCUGCUCUGGAAAUUAUGUAUGUUGGUUUUGGUCCCUACCUCCACCCCCAAACCAACAAACAAACCAAAAAGCAAACUAACCCGUAGACUUAUUGAGUUGAAAAUGUGAACAUUAGUUCUAAAGAUUCUUAAUAGGUUACUUAAAAAUGGUUUUCAAAUAUAAACUAUUGGGACUACUGUUGUGCCAAUGUAAGUACAUUAUUUCCAUCUAAGCUGUGCUUAAGUCACUGUUUGAAUACUGGAAACGAUUGACAGUGAACUGCGAUCACGUUUUGUAAGGAUGAAGCUACAAUGAUGUUGAACAUAUUUUAAGUCUGUCUGUUAUGUAAUAAGCGUAUUUCAUUUCAAACAUUAUUAAACCUUUCAGUUUAUUUUUUGUAUC